UACAACACUUGGAUGCUUAAUGAGGCGCAGCAGGAUCUUCUCUGAUAUGCUGCUCAGCAGGGUCUCCUCCAGCUCGCAGUGCGCUCAGAUCAACGGUUUUGUGGACAGAACAGAAGAUGCCCCGGCGGUUCUUCCCUCAGAUGAUCGGCUUGGCUGUGUGGUGGGCAUUUCUAACCCAGUCUCCGAGCUCUUCCGCCACUACUACUACUACUACCUACCGGCGACACGUGGCCGCUGAUAAGAGACAGCAUUUUCUGGAGAGGACGCUGAUUUUACUGGACGUGAAUACACGAAGCCCGGUGCGGCUUUUGAAUGAUAACUUCUUAUCACUGCAAGUGGACCCGUCUAUCCUGAAGAAUGGCUGGCUAGACUUCUUAAGUUCCAAGCGGUUAGUGACUUUGGCUAGAGGACUUUCUCCAGCUUAUCUGCGGUUUGGAGGAAAGAGGACAGACUUUCUCCAGUUUCAUAACCUGAAGAAUUUAGCCAAGUUUAGAGGACCAGGACCAGACUAUUACCUCAAGAAUUAUGAGGAUGACAUAGUGCGAAGUGACAUUGCCCUGGAUAAACAAAAGGGCUGUAAGCUGGCCAGUCACCCUGACAUGAUGCUGGAGCUGCAACGGGAGAAAGCGGCUCAGAUGCAGCAAGUUCUCCUGAAGGAACAGCUCUCCAACCACUACAGCGAUGUCACAAUAACAGCCAGGUCUUUAGACAAACUGUACAAUUUUGCUGACUGCGCCGGCCUGCACCUGAUCUUUGGGCUCAAUGCCCUACAUCGGAACCCUGACAACUCAUGGAAUGCCUCCAGUGCAUUGAGUUUGUUAAAGUACAGCGCUGGCAAGAAGUAUAACAUAUCCUGGGAGCUGGGCAAUGAGCCCAACAGUUAUCGCACCAUGGUAGCUCGUUCAGUCAACAGCAGUCGACUGGCUCAGGACUACAUUCUGCUGAAGACACUGCUGCAAUCUGUCCGCUACUACAGCCGGGCCAAUCUCUACGGGCCUAACAUUGGCUGUCCUCGGAAAAACGCAAUCCUGCUACUGGACGGGUUCAUGAAGAACGGUGGUUCUGUUGUUGAUGCAGUUACGUGGCAACAUUUUUACAUCGAUCGGCGCGUGACUAAAGUGGAAGACUUUUUGAAGACACGCCUUCUGGACACCCUGACAGGACAGAUCACAAAGGUGUUAAAGAUUGUGAAGAUGCAUGCUCCUCAGAAGAGGGUGUGGUUAGGAGGAGUUGGUCCUGCAUGGGCUGGAGGCAUCAGCAAUUUGUCAGACACAUUUGCAGCUGGACUAUUGUGGCUAAACACUCUUGGAAUUUCUGCAAUGCAAGGAAUUGAUGUAGUACUUCGACACUCUUUUUUUGAUUAUGGUUACAGCCAUCUAGUGGACCAGCAAUUCAACCCUCUACCUGAUUACUGGCUGUCUCUGCUCUUUAAACAUUUGGUGGGUCCCAGGGUGCUGGCAGUGCAUGUUGCUGGGCUCCAAAGGAAGCCGCGUCCAGGGAAAGUGAUCCGAGACAAGCUACGCAUCUAUGCACACUGUACAAGCUUUACCAAUCACAAUUACGUCAGAGGCUCCAUAACAAUCUACAUCAUCAACUUGCAUCGGUCAAGAAAGAAAAUAAAGCUGGCUGGGACAUUACGAAAUAAAACAGUUCACCAAUACCUGUUACAACCCUUUGGAGCUGAUGGCCUUCACUCAAAGUCUGUGCAGCUGAAUGGAGAACAUUUGGUCAUGUUAGACAGUGACACUUUCCCUGAGCUGAAACCACGGACACUCAGAGCAGGACGAACAAUACUCAUGCCCCCAGUUUCCAUUGGCUUUUACGUGGUGAAGAAUAUUAAUGCCUACGCCUGUCGCAGAUAAUGCACAUUCAGAUUCUCAUCCAACUGAAAAGGAACUGCCCUUCAUGUAAGCAAGGGUUGCACUGAAUCCCUUUCAAAAGAUAUCCCUUCUCUUCACUUGACAAGACCAGAAAGUCUAUGCUUUCUGAAAAAGCAUCGAUUUUCUCUUGCAUUUCUCUGCAUCUAGCUGUCACUUUGGUGGGUGUUUCUUGUAUUUGGGGGGAUGUCAAGAAGAGAUGUCUGUAUAUCAAUCCAGUGCCCUGGGUUUUUUUUUCUCUAGAUGUCUCAUUGUCAUUGGAAUGCUGGUCAUCCUUGAGGAUAAUCUAAUGUUAACUAAUAUUAACUAAAGAAAGAAUGAAAACAUUACAACACUAGCUCUAAUACUCAAUGUUGUAUGUUAUGGUCAAGAGCAUUACAGUUCACUCUGUGCAGUAAAUGAAUACUUAUCCAUGGACUAAUCUUCUUUUUCUCAGUAUACCAUAAAAGCCAUUGUCACCUUAAGGUGUAGACUUGUGUAAACAUAAAAUGUUCAAUCGAUUAUCCACUCCCAUUAUUUGAUAACAGUUUAACACAGAGUCAUGUGUAUUAUUUUUCUUUCAAACUGGUAACUGGACAUAGAGCCUGAACUACAAAUGUGACAAAAGAAAAUGUCUGUUUAGCUCAGGAAAUGAAUAACAAUAUUCUCUCAUUUGAUUUAGUCCAUUUAUUGCUUCCCUCUCUUCAUAUUGUACAUUAUUAGUUCUAGACAUGUACAUGUUAUCUAAACAGACACACACACUAUACACUGCCAUAACACUGUAAGCCUUUAUUUCAUCUGAUUUUGUCUAUCUCAGGCUCGAUAAAAAUCUCUUUCUGAUCUGUACCCAGUACUACCUUAUAGAGUAUAUAGUAUAAACAAAUGUACAGUCAAUGUACAGUCCUUUGUGCUGCUAGAUGUUUGGUGAAUAUUAAGCUUAAUGAGUAACAAAUUAUUUUUAACAG